AUGGGAGGCCACAAAGUUAGGAGACCACCCUUCCUGGAUAUUGUCUAUGAAGCAAAUGGCAUCUUUGCCAUCAAUCUUUUAAAGAUGUUAUGUAAUAAGAAACCUUCCAAAAAUGUAUGUUAUUCUCCCAUCAACAUCUCUUCUGCUCUAGCUAUGGUCCUCUUGGGAGUGAAAGGAAACACCAAAAUCCAGAUAUCUGAGGCAAUUGGCUUAAACACAUCGAUAGACAUUCAUCAGAUCUUCCUGUGGAUCCUCAAUAUCCUGAAGAAGCCAACCAGAAAGUACACCUUCAGAAUGGCCAACAGGCUUUUUGCAGAGAACACUUGUGAAUUCCUCCCAACAUUUAAGGAGUCCUGUCUUCAGUUCUAUCACUGGGAGAUAGAGCAGCUCUCCUUUACCAAGGCUCCAGAGGAGUCCAGAAAACACAUAAACACGUGGGUCUGCAAAAAUACAAAAGGGAAAAUUCCAGAAUUGUUGUCAGGUGGCUCAGUUGAUUCAGAGACCAGGCUUGUACUUGUCAACGCCUUAUAUUUCAAAGGAAGGUGGCAUCACCAGUUUGACAUAAAUUCCACCAGGGAAAUGCCCUUUAAAAUAAACAAGGAUGAGAAAAUACCAGUGCAGAUGAUGUUUCAGGAAGACACGUUUAAGCUUGCCUAUGUGAAUGAGGUGCAAGUUCAAGUGCUGGUGCUGCCCUAUAAGGGCAAGGAGCUGAACUUGGUGGUCCUGCUCCCAGAUGAUGGUGUGGAACUCAGCAAGGUGGAAAACAAUCUCACUUUUGAGAAGUUAACAGCUUGGACCAAACCAGACUAUCUGAAGACCACUAAAGUUUUGGUUUUCCUUCCAAAAUUUAAACUGGAAGAUUAUUAUGACAUGGAAUUCAUCUUUCAGGACAUGGGAAUGGGAGAUAUCUUCCAAGGGGGCAAGGCUGACUUCUCAGAAAUGUCUCCAGAGAGAGGCCUGUGUGUGUCCAAGUUCAUUCAAAAGAAUGUUGUGGAAGUUAAUGAAGAAGGCACAGAAGCUACAGCAGCCACAGCUGAUGAUACUGUAUGUUCAGCUAAACCUCGUGAUGGCCAAACUUUCUGUGCUGACCACCCUUUCCUUUUCUUUAUCAGGCACAACAAAACCAACAGCAUCCUGUUCUGUGGCAGGUUCUCAUCUCCAUAA